AGUAUUCUCCUGGUUUGAAAAAAGUCCGUAAAAUUUGAUAAUUUCAUCGUGACCGAGUAACAAGCGAUGCAAGAUGUACGUCCACACAAGUGAGACCUCCACAGCGAAUACUUUGAACUGUUUAAAGGUCUGCGCUUUAUAAACGUUGUAGGGACAGCAGUGAUGAAAGAAAAAUAUGGCGGACAGUGCCUAUCUACGAGCGGUGUUCAGCUUUAAAAAGCUAACCUUGGUUAAAUAACGAUACCUUGUUUGAACAUAUGUAAUGGAAAUUAUGGGCGAUGUUUAUCGAUAUUGGUGAAGGGGACAUUUUCUAGGUAUGAUAAGGGGUUACACACUUAACAGAGAUUGCUUCGUUCCGAAUUAGAAUGACGUAUACUCACUGGACAAACAAUUGUGUGGCCAUUGGUUCAUAUCACAUGGGUUCCAUUUUUAGGAUAGAUUAAUCAACGUUUCCUCUCCUCUCAUUGCCAAUUUUGGUUAUUCAUUAUGGCACACCGAAUUUUGUCUGAUGACUACUGUUCUUUGGAAAAGAGCUUGAAAAAUGACAUGCCGUUUUCAGUAUCGGCUUACUACAUAGUCACACAGUUAAUAAAGGGGUCUCUGACAAAUAGAUCGGUGUGGGUCGACAGCUGGCCUACCUACAGUGUUGUGGUGGUAUCAGAUAACCAGCAUAAGAAUGCAGGACUACAGAGAGUGUGCUGUUUUUGUAGAGACCUAAAAAAUACUUUAGCAUUGGACACUGUACUCCAACAUGUAGCAAAACUGCUUUCAAACACUCUCCUCUUAUUUGGUUUACGCUCCGGGGUUCUUGAUCAGCUGCUGAGCUACCGCAGUGCCGCCUAUCGUGUUAGUAAUGAUGCAGUUGUAAUGCACAUGCCUAAGGAAAAUAUCAGACAAAUCUCUAUACCUGAGGGAUUUAUGGUGACGACCCUAAAACAGGAACACGUGGAAACUGUCGUCCAGGAAUGGCCAUAUUCAGGAACAUUCAGCGAUUGCAAGGAAUGGAUUUGCGAUAUGAUGAAGCAAUUCCCCAGUGUAUGUAUUGAGAACGAACAUGGGAAACCCAUAGCCUGGGUGUUGCAACAAGACUACGGUUACAUUGGAAUGUUACAUUUUGUUCCAGAAUAUAGGAGAGCGAAGCUGGGUAGCGCUGUAACUAUGCUUCUCAUGGAGAAAUUGCACAAAGAAGGAAACUAUAUAUGUUCUUCUAUAACUGUAGAAAACAAAACGUCAAUUGCUUUUCACGAAAGAACCAAAUUCAAUUAUGUCGAUGAUUUUAAGAUAGGUUUUGUGGUGUAUCCUUCUGAAGAGAGUUCGCAGAAUCAAAUUUAAUUAUGAAAAUGAUCCGACAAAACGUUCGGUUAAAUGAUAUCGACCAUGAUAUUCGGAAAGGCGGAAGAUCGUAAAACCUUAGUGUAGAUUAGAAUUCAGUAUUCUUGUAAAAUUCCUGUCGAUAUCAAGAAAAAUAAUUGUAUAUUGUUGUAUGUCUUUGGGUCCAGAGUGAAUAAAGAAACAAAUA